UGUUCUACUUCAAAGAUCAAAUACCUGGACUACUCCCUUUUGCUAUUUGUGUUUUUCUAGUGUAUACUAAUUUUUCAGAUUAGUGGAGAUUUUUCGAUGGCUUAAACAUCUUCUGUCAGCAUUCAUCUGUCCAGCGGAUUUCUUUUUCAACGAAACAUGGCCUGUUGGAGGUGUGUGAUUUGCUUUGUUUUCGUUGCCUUAACAUUGAAGUCCCUCUUGAGCCAUAUUAACACAGCACAUAGUCGCAGUCCCGAUUUCCGUGUUAUAUGCGGGAUUGAUGGCUGUACUGCUGAAUACAGAGUCUUCAACUCCUUUUACUACCAUAUUAGACGCACACAUACUCUAUAUUUUGCCACCGGACACCCACCUACUGGAUGGAUGACAUCAGCUACACCUGACCUAUCUCGGGUUGGAAGUGAACAUUUUGACAUCCCAGUUUUUUCUGACUGUGCCACUGAAACACGGGGAAUGCAAAGGACCAACAGUGAAGGCAACACACCUGUCAUCGCAAAUGACAUGUUGAACCCAGAGCCUACAUGUCAUCAGAUUCCACACCCUGAUAAUCAGGAAGGAGCUGGUGCAUCAAGUGCAAAUAUCAGACGUGCAGCUGCAUUUGCCAUCAAUGUGAGGGAGAGAUGUCACCUGUCUCAGAGGAGCGUCAACAACAUUGUUUCUGAAGUCCAGCAGUAUCAAACUACUCUUCUGAGCACCUUGAGGGACACAAUGAAGAGGAUCUUUGAAAGACAUUCAGACAGUGUGGAGCAGCUACAAGAGGAAGUACUGGCAACAUUAGACAAUUUUCAAGAUCCUUUCUCCUUCAUGGCCACCACAUACAUGCAAGACAGCACCAUCCAGAGGCUUUUUAACCCAGUUAAACCAGAGGAGGUAGUUAUGUCUCAGAGGGUUUGUCGAGUUAAAAAAGGACAAUCAAGAGUUCUUGGAAUUAAAAACAGAAGCUUUUACUAUAUAUCCCUGGUUAAGAGUCUUGAACAGCUGUUGUCCAAUUCUAGGAUUUUUGAUAUGAUCCGCACCACGCCACAGAGUUGUCACAAAGAUGGAUUUUUGUAUGAUAUUGUUGAUGGGAGCCUUUUCAAAUCCCACCCACUGUUUUCAGUGAAACCUUCUGCUUUACAGAUCAUUUUAUACACUGAUGAAAUAGAGAUCUGCAAUCCUCUCGGGUCACAUGCUUCAGUAAAUAAAUUACUGAUGGUUUAUUAUACUUUAGGAAACAUAAACCCCAAGUUUAGGUCAAAGCUGGCUGCAAUCAGACUCCUUGCUAUAGCAAAAGCUGAUGAUAUUGACAAAUGUGGUGUUGAUUUUGUAUUACAAAGAAUUGAUGAAGACUUAAAGUUGCUGUAUAAUGGUGUCACAAUCCAAACACAGAGUGGUGGAUUCGAGUUAUUUGGUGCUGUAAUUUCAGUGUGUGGUGACACACUUGCGCAGCAUGAGCUUGCUGGUUUCAAGGAAGGAGUUGGUUUUGCAUACAGUAAGUGUAGGCAUUGUGAAUGUACCUUUGAGGAAAUGCAAAUUAAUUUUAAUGAAGAGCGCUUUACAAAAAGGACAAUGGAAAAACAUAUUCAACAGUGCCAUGAAAUAGAAAAGGCCAGCACAGACUUCUUGAAAUCGGCCCUCAAAACCACCUAUGGUAUAAACAGAAGGAGCAAGCUGGUUGAUUUUCCAGCCUUUGACCUCAUUCGGCAAACUCCACAGGACAUAAUGCACAUCAUUCUUGAGGGUGUUGCACCAAUGGAAGUUAAGUGUGUGUUAAAAUACCUUGUUCUGUCUGGACAGAUGGAGUUGGAUGUGUUCAAUUCAGCCAUGCAAAGUUUUCCUUUGUCACCAGUAGAUGUACGUGACAAACCCUGCCCUAUAAGUGUCAGUACCUUGGCAUCAAAUGAUAACAAACUUAAACAGUCCUCAGGGCAAAUGCUGAUAUUGCUGAAGAUCAUGCCUUUUCUGCUGAAUACUAUAGAGAAAAAUGAGUAUGUUCAGUUUGUUUUGCAUUUGAAACAGUUUAAGCAACUUUUUCCUGAGAAUAAUGUCAUUCCUAAGCAACAUUACCUGCUGCAUCUCCCUUCCCAAAUUCUUUCCCUGGGCCCUAUGAUAAGACACAUGUGCAUGAGAUUUGAGUCAAAGCACUGUUUUUUCAAACAGUGGUCAUCUAAAUUGAACUUCAAAAAUGUCUGUAAGUCACUUGUGAAACAUAAUCAGCUUUUUGAAUGCUGUCAAAAUGAAAUGGGUAUGGAGCAUCCGAUUUUUUUACAUGAGAAAGAAUUGGGUCCUGUCUCAGAAGUAGCAAAUAUGGAGUAUGUUAAUGCAAAGAUGAGAGAUUUUUUGGGGAUUUAUGGCAUACAACACACAGUCAAAGUAAAGUGGCUUAUUCUCAAUGGGAACAAGUACAUAAGUGACAGGUCUCUAAUAAUCACCACUACAAAUGAGACAGUGCCUGUCUUCGGAUUUAUAAAAAACAUUUAUGUGGUAAACAGCUCAUUGUAUUGUUUUGAGUACCAGCUUUAUGAGACAGUGGGUUGGAAUAGAGAUCUUUUAGCCUAUGAAGUUGCAGUGCCUAAUCUUGCUCAAGCAACAGAGUUCAUCGAUGCUGAAAAACUAGUGGAUCAUACAUCAUAUUACCCUGUCAGUUUCAAAAACACCACGUAUGUUCUGACAAAAUAUUAUCUUGGUGAUGUUGCUCUACUUAAACAGUGA